AUGAAGUUCUUUCUCAGCAGCGCUGCGAUCCUUUUGCUCAGUGUCCAACAAGCAUUAGCGGCCAAGACAUGUGCCGUCAAGAGCUCAGGUGGUGAUGAUGCAUCCAACAUUGUCGAUGCUUUCAACAACUGUAACAAUGGUGGCACCGUUGAAUUCACCAAGGGCACUACUUACAACUUGAAAUCGGUUGUAUCGGUUGAGAAACUUCAAGAUGUUACCGUCAAGUUCGAAGGCACCAUCAACCUCCCCACUUACAACACCAAGUUUGAGGAUGAAAAGGCAUUCAUCUACCUUGCAGGCGACAACAUUCAUUUCAGCGGUGCAGGCACCAUCAACGGCAAUGGACAAGGCUGGUACGAUGCCAAGAACCGUAAGGCUCCUCCACUUUUCAAGCCCAAGGCAACCAACUCUUAUUUUGGUGGUUUCAAGAUUGUCAAGGCUCCUCGCUCUCACUUUAGUGUCAACAACUGCAAGAAUGUUGUGUUUGAGCAAAUCAAUAUCAACACCGUGUCCGAUGAUGCGGAAUUGGACGCUCAUAAUACCGAUGCCUUUGAUGUCUCCCAGUCCCAGGAUAUCGUUAUCCAAGAUUCCACCAUUGUCAAUGGUGAUGAUUGUAUUGCUGUCAACCGAGAUGUGACGAACUUGACCGUAUCCAACCUUGACUGCACCGGUAGCCAUGGUUUCAGCGUUGGAUCGCUUGGCAAAAAGGGUGAACAAACGGAGACUGUUAAGGAUUUGAAGUUCAUCUCCAACAAGUGCCACAAUUGUCAAAAUGGUGUCAGAAUCAAGACUUGGCCUGGUGGCAAGGGCUCUGUUUCCGGUAUCACUUUUGAAGACAUUACCCUUGACAACGUUGAAAACCCAAUCCUCAUCACCACCCACUACUGUGACAACCAACAGCAAGAAUACUGCGAUGGUGAAGACUCGCACUCUUUGAGCAUUAGCGAUGUCACCAUUUCUGGUAUCUCUGGCACUGUGUCUUCGAAGAAGAGCAACCCCAUUAUCAGCAUUGACUGCUCCACCGAGACUCCUUGCAAGGAUUUCACUCUUUCGGAUAUUACUGUCAAGGGCCAUGACAAGACCAAGGCCAAUGUCUGCACCAAUUUGGAGGGCUCUGAUAAGAUCUCAUACUGCAAAUAG